GGACAUGGACGGAUCAGAGUCAGAGGAACCGUCACCACCACCACCGCCACCUCCUCCUUCUGACUUGCUGCCACAUCCAUGGAGACAGCUUUCCUGGGGAGAGCGGGACGUCAUGAGAGAGACAUUAAGGUCCCUGAAGGUUGGCCAUCCAGAUGUGACGCAGCUUCGGGUCCUCGUCUGUGGACCAGUGGGAGCAGGCAAGUCCAGUUUCAUCAACUCCAUCGACAGCAUCUUCCAGAAUCGCAUGACGUGUGGAGCCGCCGCUGAAAAGCCCCUGGACCACAGCUUCACCAAAACAUUGGGAACACACCAGAUUCGAGAUGGGCAGUACGGCUCGUUCCUGCCCUUCGUCAUGUGUGACGUGAUGGGACUGGAGAGGGGCGAGGGGGAAGGAGUACAGCCUGAUGACAUCAUGAGCGUCAUGGAGGGGCACAUCAAAGAAGGAUACAGGUUCAUUCCCACUGGCCCGUGUGAAGAUAAUGAUCCGGGCUACAAUAGCCAGGCUGGGCUGGCCGACAGAAUCCAUUGCCUGGCAUUUGUAAUCCCAGCUGACAAUCUUCUGUGGUGCAGCAAUGGCCAACAUAUCACAGAGGAAGAUGAAGACUUAAUCCGCAAGCUACGAGAAAUCAGGGUCCACGCCAGCAAGACAGGGAUUCCACAAAUUGUUGUCAUGACGAAAGUCGAUCAGGCAUGUCCACACGUAAAAUGUGACCUUCAGCAAAUUUACAAGAGCAGUAAGAUGCGUACAAAGAUUGAAAAGUGCAACAAUGUUUCUUGUGUGUGUGUGUGUGUUUUGAUGGGACACUGCAGCAAUAAUUUGGGAGUCCCCAUGAACUUCAUCUUCCCGGUGAAGAACUACCACGAGGAGAUUGAUCUGGAUAAUGACACCGACGUGCUGCUGCUGUCUGCUAUGACACAGAUCCUUAACCUUGCCAACGACCACGUGGAUCAGUCGAAGGACACUGAGAAUUAGGCUAUUUUCAC